AUCAGCCUAGAGUUUGCGCGGAUGUUACGGUUCUCGGUUGACUCGGUACUUGUCCGGACCUGCAGCGUCUGUGUGUCUGCAGAGGGAUGUCAGCGGUGGUGUGUGUUAUCAGAUUGAGUCCCCACAUUUGGUUUCCUGUCGCGUCCUGCGCGCUAUAGGACGCGCGGGCGAUCAGCUGAGCAGGAAAGGAGACGGAGCCAGCGGUGAGAAACAGGCGCAGUCACUCAGCGUCUGUGCGGACAUUUCAGCGGAGUUUACUGCCGGGAUCCGCUGCCAAUUGUUGACCUGCACCGUGUCUGCGUUUGCGGACGGGAUGUUGGAGGUGGUCGCCGCGCAAAAAUGAACACAGACUGCACCCAACCUUCAGCGCUUCCAACGCCAAGAUUUGUUUGUCACGCAAACCUGAAGCUGCUUUCCCCUCUUACUUCUGCAUCCAGGGGUCCUAAACCUUCUGUAGCCCCAAAACCUAAAGUCAAAGUGCUGAUAAAUGGCAACCAAGGCGGGUUCAGUAACGGGAGUGCACAAUCUUCUGAUGCAAGGGGUGACGAAGCAACUGUGAAGCAGAAUGGCCUGAACAAACUUAUCAUGAACACAUCAUCUGGGAAGAAACACUUAAAUCUCAGUGGUCUCAAAUUCGACAAAAGAAAUCUAGAAACUAUAUCAAAGGGGAUGAUGGACAGUGGAGGCACAGAAGCGGAAAAGGAGGAAGAUAAAAGUAAGAUCAUGGAUGAUUGCAGAUUUACUGACAGUUCCCUUACAGAGGAAGGGGACUCCCUGAAAACACUAUGGGUCAGUCACGACAGAAUCACAGCUGACUCAGAGGAGGCAGAGGAGAUUACUGACACAGACGACAUGGAUGCUGAAGGUUGUGAUGGAGGUGAGGCACUGGCUGACGUGGACGGCCUCUCCGUGGGAAACAUUUCUGCGAGUGCUGAAGACAGAUUGUUUUGCCACUCCAUCGUAAUGCAGGAACAGAUUCAAACAAAUGGAGACAGAAGUACUGCAGAUGAUUUCUCAAAGUCUUCUUCUGAUGAAAAUGGACUAUGUCUUACGGAGAGAAUGAUGGACACUCAUGGAAGAGAGAAAGAGCCAGGUCCAAAUUGGUGUUGUAAUAGCCUGAAGUUGAUGUGUGGCCAUCAAAUUAAUGGAAAGAGUGAAAAUCAGCAGGAAAUUAGUUUGUAUGACUACAUUCCUAAAAUCCACCAACAAGUUUGUUCUGAAGGAAUUGAGCCUUUUUACAUCUGUUCAGAAGAUAUUAUUAACAUGACAGCGACGCUCUCAGAAAGUGGCUGUACCUCUGUAAAAAGAACUGGAGUACCAGCUGGACAAUACAAUGAAGCACCUGAGAAUGGACAUUUAGUGGACUGCAUGAACACUGAUAAAGGUAUUGAGUAUGGCGGCAAUGAUAAGGCUAAAGAAAUGGAGGACAGGUUGAACCAUUUGGACUGCCAGCCAAGGUUUAGACAGGUUGCCAUCUCAGUGCCAACAGACACAGACACCUCAUUGACGUCUUCUUUCUCUGAGAGCCAGCUACUAUCCCCAAAUGACUCUGACGUCUUCAAAGAUGAUGAGGAUCUGGAGGGUCACAUUGUGCCCUUUCUGGAUGAGACCAGUGACAUGGAGCUCAACAUUACAGAUGAGCAUGUUUAUGAGGAACCGGGGCAAAGUUCAUGCACUGAAAGUGGUUUUCUUUUGGAUAGCAAGACUGCUGGUAUUAGAACACACUCUUUGUCAAAUUAUAUUUCCACUACUGUGGGGGAUCGGGGAGUACAAUUUCUCCAUAAGACCUACAUUAGUGGAUUAGGACAACCUGCAUUGAGCAGCAGCCCAGUGUUAAAUUCAACACGGCACAAAAGCUAUUCCAAACCCAAAUAUUUGUCUCUGUACCCACGCUCCCUGUCCAUGGAGGGACACAAUACACCUCUCUGUAUCUACAAGGAUGACUCCUACAGACAUAAAGAUGGGGUUUCCUCAUCUGAGAGCUUCUCCAGGUGCUCACCUCUCUCAUCUAGUGCCCUGUCCACACCUACUUCUUUGAUGGAUAUCCCCCCUCCCUUUGAGCUGGCCUAUAUCACCAAAAAGCCUAUCACAAAGAGUUCCCCCUCUCUUCUUACUAGAGAAGAGUUUUCAGAGAAGGACAGGAAAAAGAAAUCCUCCAUUAAGCGCUUUCUACUUAAAUUUGGGUGGAAAACGGAACAUAAGUCUGGAACAGAUGCCAAGUCAUCCUCUUUGAAAUCCUCGGCUGACUCCAGCCAUUGUUCACACAACAGACUUUUGGAGUUUGAUCGGCAGAGCAUGAGUGGUUCUCCACAACUAAAUUUACGUCAGGCAAACAAGCCUCAGGGUUCACCUGAGUCUUCAUCCCACUUUCUGUUCCACAAAGAGAGUAAAAGGAAAGGGAACUCUGUGGCCUUCCUCAACAGGAGUGUUGUCCGAGUGGAGUCCUUCGAGGACCGCUCCCGAGUGCCUUUUGCACCCCUUCCUUUCACCAAACCCCGCUCUAUCUCCUUCCCCAACACUGAUACCUCAGAUUAUGCGAACGUCCCUCCACUCAGCUCAGAUUAUGAGAAUGUUCAGGUGCCACAGUGGAGGCCAAUUCGACAGAUGCCACUCACACACUUCUUUGACCGUCCUAGUCGAGUUUUGUCUUCUGCAAAUGAAACAGAUGGUUAUGUCGACAUGAAGAGUCUUCCAGGAUUUGAGACAAAAACACAUUUACCUGAAGAGGAAACUGAAAGUGCCUACACAGAAGCCUACAACGUCUGUUCGGUGGCUGCCGGUGCCAGGAGUGACGGUCGGGGAGAGACGGUGGGGGACGAAGACCAAGGACGCGUCUCUGAAGAGGAAGACGUGGGGACAGACGUCAACUAUGACAUACAGUCCGAUGGUCGAUCCAGAGCCUUUUACAUCAUUAAAGAGCUGGUGGAUACAGAGCGACUACAUGUGAAGGCCCUCAGAUUGCUUCAGAAAGACUUUCGGAAAGCUGUGGGGUCUGCAGUCGGGGAUGACGGGCAGCCUGCGAUGGACGAUGAGAGACUCAGAGAGAUUCUCAAUGAGCUGCCUGAUGUCUACAUACUGCAUAGCAAAAUCCUCACCGAGCUGGAGAGUCGAAUCGGACAUUGGGAGGACAGCCAAAGGAUUGCUGAUAUUUUCCUGUCCAGGAAAGCAGAGUUUUUGGUCUUCACCACUUACAUCGGCCACUAUGAUCGAAGCAUUAGUUUACUGGAGGACGGCUGCAGAGCUUCACCUGCGUUUGCAGCUGUAGUUCAGAAAUAUGAGGAGCAGAACCCAGCCGGGGGGAGAGUUCCUCUUCAACGUCAGCUCCUGCAGGUUAUUGUGCGCGUUGCUCAGUAUCGUCUGCUCCUCACAGAUUAUCUGAACAACCUUUCCCCUGAUUCCAAGGAAUACGAGGACACCCAAGCUGCAGUAGCGAUCAUGUCUGACAUUGCAGAUCAAGUCAAUGACAGCUUAAAACAUGGGAAGAACCUGUUGCAUCUGAUCAACAUAGCGUACAGUGUCCACAGCCCACGGGACCUAAUUCAUCCUGGCAGGGUUUUUGUGAAGGAGGGAACCCUGAUGAAGGUCAGCAGGAAGAGUCGACAGCCCCGACAUUUGUUUUUGAUGAACGAUGUGCUGCUCUACACCUUCCCCCAGCAGGAUGGGAAAUACAGACUGAAGAACACGUUCCCACUCAAUGGGUUGAAGGUCAGUAAACCCAACAUCCCAAAUGUUGAAAAUGCCUUGAAAAUAGAGGGAUUAGAGAUCUCCAUUGUCCUGUCUGCCAGCUCUUUUCUUGAAAGAGAGGACUGGUAUUAUACUCUCAAUCGCACUGUGACUGAACAAGCAAGAGGCUCUGCAGCCAGCUCUGGAGAGACCAGAGAUCGUCUUUGGCUUUCUCUGGGAGAAAAAGCUCCCACUCUCGUUCCUGUCUCACAAGUGAUGAUGUGCAUGAACUGCACUGCAGACUUCAGCCUCACUGUUCGCAGACACCACUGCCACAGCUGUGGAAGAAUUGUUUGUCGAAGCUGCUCCAGGAACAGAUAUCCACUGAAAUACAUGAAAGACCGCAUGGCCAAAGUGUGUGACCACUGUUACAACGAGCUAAAAAAGAGAGGAGGAGAAAUGUCCGAGCUCUCAGCCAAAUGUAGCCCCCGGCUGACCCGCUCCAGUCGUCCCCUCUCCACCGUGUUCCAAAAUAUUCACCCCCCCAACAUAUGGAGACAUCGAAAAGGCACAGCUUCUUUCACCCAGGCAACCGUGUUAGAGGAAGGCUCCAUCAGUGGGACUCUGCAGCGGAGCAAGACAAGCAAAAGGAACUGGAAAAGACUGUGGUUCCUGCUGAAAGACAAGGUGCUUUACACCUACCGAGCCCGAGAGGAGAAGGUAGCGUCAGAAAGUUUACCACUUCUAGGUUUCACAGUGAAGCUACCUGACAACCAGGGCGGAGACACAGAGGCCAACAUCUUCCAGCUUUACCACCAAAACACUUUGUAUUACACCUUUAAAGCUGAAGAUAACUUCACAGCUCAGAGGUGGGUUAAUGCAAUGGAGGAAGCCACAAAUUUAUAGACUCGACCCUUCUGCUGCCUUCAUCCUCCUACAAACCCCCUUCUCUAAAAAGUGACUGGACGCAAAACCAAACUGGAAAGACCGGAGAAAGGCACUUUUCUGUUUGUCGGCAUGUCGCAACCCUCCCAGCUAAGCUGAGGAGAAGAAUACAUGGUGUUCUUUAAAAAGAGGACACAAUCUACCUACUUUGUCCUUCUGCAGUGUUCUUCCCUCCCUGCUGUCGCAGCAGGUGUGACACCAAGGGCUGCAGGAGAUGUUGGCCCAGAUACUUGUCAGCGUGGAGAACCGCCUGUCAGCUGUUACUCACCGCCCCAUUUCCCAGAAUCCAUCGGAGUUAUUAUCACAUCUUACACAAGAUACACAAUACAGUCUAUUCAUGGCAUGUUUGGACAUGGUUAAUUUAUUAAUCUGUUUGAAAACACUGAACAAAGAAAAGGAAAGAUGGAUUUUGCUCUUGUUUACAUGAAAAAACACGUUGAAGCCUCAGUCACCAAUCUCAAAUGGCCUCAUAUUUACUUUGAAGUAGUUAUGCCUUAAUUUCAACAUGUGCUUUUUGUACUUUAAAGCAUAAAAAUACUAAUUGGUGGGAAGAACAGAUUAAUCAGACGAGAGAAAAAUAUUUUAAAAAGACUGUUAUUUAUCUGUGUACCAUAUUGUUGAAGAGAGUCCUUCCUGUAAAUCUUUUUUUUUCUCAGUUUGCACUGAUAUUAAAGGCAUUCAUUCAGAUUUUUUUAGGCAGUUCACCUUCAAAAAGUUAGAAAUAGUUGAUCAUUUACCUGCAGUGAAUACAACUAUUUGCAUUUUGAUUUAUUAAAAACCCAGAUAAGCUGGUCCCAGAAACCCGAGAAAAAGAAAAAAAGAAACGCCAAAACCACAGCAGACUUCUAAUGUCUCAAAAUAAGUCCAGUUACCUUAUUUUUUGGACUAUAAGUCGCUACGUUUCCCCCCACACUUUGAACCAAGCUGCUUUUCUGUGGAUUCUUUCUUCAGCCACCAGGUGGCUCUUUAGCAUGAAAUGAAUCAUUGGAAGUCAAAAUUGGAAAUCAAAGAAGAAAGUGCUAAUUGUCAUUUAGAACAAGUGUAUGUUAGCAGCAAGCACCACGGAGAAAUUUCUUCAAACUCAUAUGAUGCAGCUUUUAAGUUGAGGGCUAUCGAUCUGGCAGUACAGGAGGGAAAUAGAGCCAGUGACGUAAGCUCGGCGUGAACGAAUCCACGGCUUUGGAUACGCUGGCGGAGAUACCAGCGGCUUAUAUUAUGAUGCGCUCUAUAGUCCGGAAAAUACGGUACUUUCUCCUAAACCAUGAAAUUGCUGAUUCAUUUACGUUGCAGGCCUACUUACAGAGAAACUGGAUGCUGUGCGCCACUAAUAUCUUUCCUGUGUGAAACACGCACUGAAAACUGAUCAUAGAAAGUGUUUCCACUUCCAAUCAAAGCGAAACUAAUAUAACAUUAAUUUAUUAAUUACUUAGGCUGAUUUGGUUUUCUGCUUGCAACAGUUAAGUCCAAAAUUAUCGAUACCACUGAUGGUAAUCUUUAAAUUUUACUAACAUGUUUUUCCUAAAUGCAAGUAAUAUCAGCGUUUUAGAGUCCAAACUUGAAUUCAACAGAGAAACUGUUGAGGGAGCUAAAGAUUAGGGUGAUGACAAAGAGGUGUUCCAACCUCAUUGCUUAGACCUAAUAACCGUGAAAACACUUCUCAGCAAAAUACAAACUACUUGGUUGUUGUAGUAUUAGAAAUGGCUGCUCAGAAGCAUACAAAUAUUUUCUGCAAUGCAUUUUUUAAAUUAAAAUGCAAAUAAAAACCAAUAAAUUUUUUAUUUCAAAACUAAAACUCCCUUUACAUGUUUUUCUUUUUUUUCUUUUUUUUUGUCUUUGAGAGAUGAUUUUCUCAUAUUCUACCAGAAGAAAACAUAUUAGUUAAGUGAAACUAAUCUUAAUUCUUAAUCUGCCAGGGUUCUGAAUACAUUUUUACCUCAACUGUAAUGAAUCUAUUUGGAAACACUUUUCAAGUUUUGCGAGUUGUUAUAUUUCACACAGGAACAUCAUUGGUUGCACACUGCCUUCAAUCUCCAUUUUCUACUUGAAUAUUCAUUGAAUUAUUUGCAAUAAAACACGAUAAACACUCAAUGGAAAUAGACAGCAAUAUAAAGGUUAUAAAAUAGCAUUUGCAUGAACUGCUACAAUAUCUUUAAGCGUUGUUUGGUGUCUUUGCUCUUGGACUAGACGCCAGCUUCAGCCUGUGGGAAUAACUAAUUUGGAUUUAAACUAAAUAAAGAUGCUUUUGAAAUUAGCUACUGCAGGUGAGAUAUUAAAUCUGUGCUACAUCAACAAUUCUGAACUAUGCCUUUAAAAAAAUAUGAACAAACAAAAGGGAUUACAGCACAGGGACCACAAUCUUUGUCUACCUUCUGAAAAAGCAUGUAAUUUUUAAAUAUCUUAUAGCAAGUGCAAUGUAAAUUCAUUUUUAUGUAAAGAGUCGCCAUCUAUCUGUACUCAGAAGCGCUGGCUUCGAUUGAAACGUGAAACUCAAAUUCACUGCACUGAGCUGCAUAAUCAGUGUCUCGGAUUUUGUACUGUACCUAAUGAUUUGUAACAUUAAUUUGCAUUUUUAGGCAAAGUAAAAGAGACAAAUGUUGGAAAACUG